UUCUCGUACCAUCUUCAGAAGCAGUAAAGUCCUGGCUUAUGCUGGAGAUGGGGGCUGGAUGGACCAGUGUUUGCUCCUGGGAGAUGUCUCUAGAGGAAGACUAGCAGGAGGACAAACAAGGAGACUUCCUCUGGGACUGCCAGCAGAGGUUACUCCCACACCCAGGUGGAUACUCAUCCAUCCAGCAUGUGUCACUUCAAGUGACACCCCAAAUUAUUCCAUGACAACCCAAAGCAAACACAGCUCAGGUAUAAAAGCAGCCUGCAAGGCAGCCGUGCAGGUGGUGAAGACAAAGCAGCGAUGAAGCUUCUCCUGGUGGCUUUGGUGGCCGCAGCCCUGUGGGCAAAGCCAGCUGACUCCUUGACUUGCUAUGUAUGCGAUAAGGAGAAGUCCAACUGGAGUUGUCUCAACAUGAAGACGUGUGCCAAGGAGGACAAGUACUGUGUCACAACGCACUCCACCGUGGGGCUCGGCAAGGACAAAGAGCCCCACAUUAGCAAGUAUUGCUCUCCCUUGUGUCCCGAAACAAACCUGAACAUCGGCAUCGCCUCCUUUUCUGCCUCCUGCUGCGACAGCUUCUUGUGCAACCUCAGUGGAGCCAGCAGCGUGAAAACCAGCUACACCGUGAUGGCCGCGGGCAUCCUGGCCAGUCUCCUCUAUGUCCUCAGAGCUGGGCUGUGAAGGUCCAGAAUAAAGGGGAUCCUGUGUAAAGGGAUCUCCAUCCCAUCUCCUCCGUGCAAAGGUUUCCAGGGGGUGAAUCCCCAGCCUCUGCCUGUAAGCUUAUCCUCAUGGCUACCUUGGCCCUCAGGCCAAAAUGAAUGUAUUCACCCCUAUUCACCUCCACAUGGUUGCCCCCUUCCCCUUCACUCACCUGCCUUGUUUUCUCCGAGUGUCAUGUGCUGAACAGAAGCUGGACACAAUAAAGAUUUAUUAUUUUU